AUGUUGUCAAUAAGUGAAGUUCUCAUAGCCUUGACUGUAUUCCUUCUAAUUAUGCAGUUUUUUAAGUUGCAACGAGUACGGAGACAGCUUCCUCCUGGACCAAUCCCUCUCCCAAUUUUGGGGACCUUGGUACAGCUGAACUUUCAGUUUAAUCGUGAUCUUCUCAUGAAGCUGGCAAAAAUUCAUGGCAACAUAUUUACCUUAUGGUUUGGAUGGGCCCCAGUGAUCAUACUGAAUGGAUAUCAAGCAGUUAAGGAUGGUAUGACCACGCACCCUGAAGAUGUUUCCGGGAGGCUAGUGUCUCCUUUCUUCAGAGCAAUGGCCAAAGGAAAAGGGAUUAUGUUGGCAACUGGUCAUACCUGGAAGCAGCAGCGAAGGUUUGCACUGAGGACUCUGCGCAACCUUGGCCUGGGAAAAAGGGGUUUGGAGUAUCGAGUUCAAGAAGAGGCACGCUACCUGGUAGACUACUUUGCAAGUAUGAAAGGGAAACCUCUGGAUCCUUCUUUCCCUCUUGUUCAUUCCAUCUCAAAUGUAAUUUGUGCUAUUGUUUUUGGACAUCGCUUCUCCAGAGAGGAUGAAGCCUUCCAUGAACUGAUUAAAGCCACAGAGCACCUAUUCAAAUUUGGAGGCAGUUUUAUUCAUCGUCUCUAUGAAAUCUUCCCCUGGCUGAUGAGCCGUCUCCCUGGUCCUCAUAAGAAGGCGUUGUCUUGCUAUGAUGUCCUGAGCUCUUUUACAAGGAGAGAGAUCAGAAUGCACACGGAGCGUGGGAGACCAGAUGAAAUGCAGGAUUUCAUUGACUUUUACCUGGAUCACAUUGAAAAAUCCAAAGAUGAACCCAGGUCUACAUUCAAUGAAGACAACAUGGUUUAUUCUAUAAAUGACCUUUUCUUGGGUGGAUCAGAGACAACAAGCACAACUUUGAACUGGGGCCUUCUCUAUAUGGUGGCAAAUCCAGACAUCCAAGAGAAAGUGCAGAAGGAGCUGGAUGCCGUUCUGGGUCCUUCCCAGUUAAUCUGCUAUGAGGAUCGGAGAGAACUGCCCUACACAAAUGCUGUGGUUCAUGAGAUCCAGCGCUUCAGCAACAUUAUCUCAGUUGGCGUGCCCAGAGUGUGUGUGAGGAACACUACAUUGCUUGGCUUUCCCCUCAAAAAGGGCACCAUAGUUCUUCCAAAUAUUGCUUCGUCUUUGUAUGAUCCAGAGCAGUGGGAAACACCUCGACAGUUCAACCCUGGUCACUUCUUGGAUAAGGAUGGAAAUUUUGUGAGCCAAGAAGCCUUUUUACCAUUCUCAAUAGGGCACCGUGUGUGUUUGGGGGAGCAUCUAGCGAGGACCGAGCUAUUUAUCUUCUUUGCCAACCUGCUGCGGGCAUUCACCUUCCGGCUCCCUGAAGGGGUGAUGAAGAUCAAUACAGAGCCCAUUUUGGGGGGUACGCUGCAGCCCCACCCGUACAGGGUUUGUGCCAUUCCACGCUAG